UUUCACUGAGCAAAUUUUAGUUUAGUGAACUGCACAGAACAUUCUAUUUUGGAUGAUUAGCUCGGAGCUAAAAGCUGCUACAAAUAAAAAAAUAAAAAAAAGUUAAUUUUCGAUAAACAAAAGAAACUAUAAAAAUGGUUAUCAAAAAUCCGAACAAUAUAGUUGUGCCCGAUUAUUUGAACGAGAACUUCUUCGUGGCCGCGCUCGAGGAAGGUUUGCGUGCAAUCCAGGUGACAGUUAGUGAAAUAACUUUCGAAUGGGCCACCAACCCCGGUGAUAAUUACUGCUCACGCAUCUAUCGCAUCGCGGUCGCCUAUGAGCGUCUAGUUGAAGCUGAUGAGCCGCCAGUACAAGAACAACGGUCGUUAAUUGUCAAAUCUAUACCGAUUCCGAAAGACACCAGUUUCUUUGAAGAUGUAGGUGUUUUUCUUAAGGAAAAAAUUACCUUUUUGGAUGUAAUGCCACGGCUGCAAGUACUUGUGCCGUGUCCGAAAUUCAGUGCCACCUGCUAUUAUGCAACCAAAUCACCCAUUAACACCCUUGUUUUUACUGACUUGAAAAAUGAAGGUUUUAGGGUUGCGCCACGACAGGACCAACUCGAUUGGGCACACUGCGAAUUGAUCUUGCAACAAACGGCACGGCUGCACGCCACUUCAAUGAUUUUAGCCCAGCGAGAUCCUGACAUCACCAAGCGCUUGGUUGACGGUAUGCUGUGCGAGAAGUCUAUAGUGAAGUCUGAUUUAUUUAAGCAAAUGUUCGGCGUUAUGCUGAAGUACCUGGCUAACAAUGCAGCCGGUUGGCCAGGUUUUGAAAAGAUCGCACAGAAAUUACACCGUUUCAAUGAUAAUUUCAAGAUCAUAUGUGCGCACUUAUCAGAUCGUCGUGAAGGCGAUCGUUUCGUUGUGAUGAAUCAUGGUGAUCUUACUGUUUUAAAUAUUAUGUACGCCUAUGAUGAUCCCAAGCAACCUGAUAAACCAACACGCGCUAUUUUUGUGGAUUUCCAACUGAGUUUCUGUGGCAGCCCUGGCUGCGAUCUCAACUUCUUUCUCAACACUAGUGUACGUCUUAAUGUGCUAAAGGAUCGACGAGACGAUCUUAUAAAUGUGUAUUAUAAAACAUUCAAGGAGACGUUGGAAUACCUUCAUUACGAAAAUAUACCGACUUUAGAUGAUCUAAAGUACGAAUUGCGUGCUCGUGAAUUGUAUGGUCUUUUCGCUUUGUUCGGUUUUCUGCCCUUAAUUACUAUGCCAAAGGAGCUAUCCGGAGAUAACAGUAUGGAAACUAUGAUAAAUGAGGAGAAAGUCCGUCUAAAGUACCAAAAACUAUUUGCUCAAGAUAAUGUACAAGCCCUGCUAAAGUAUGCACUAAAGCGCUUUGAUGAUUUGGGUGUGUUGGACGAGUUUUAGUUAAUUUUUAACAUUGGGUACAACUACUUUAUGGGUGCUGGGAACAUGUAAAUAUGUAUAUAUAUUAUUAACAGAAUUUAAAAAAUGUAAAUAAAGUCUUUAGACAUAACUCCAGUAAGGAAAUAUA